AUGAAAAGUGUAUUAGUUACCUGUUUUCUAAUACUAACCUACGCCAAAGUUUCAAUUUGCCUGCGAGUUGUCGGCAUAUCAGUUCCCAGUCUGAAGCAGCGAGGGGAUUCGGUCACUAUGACUUGCGACUACGAUUUGGAAGGUGGAAGACUUUACUCCGUCAAAUGGUAUAGAGAUAACGAGGAAUUCUACCGGUAUAUGCCACGUUUAAGACCACCACAACACGCUCACAGGCUGGAGGGAGUCAAAGUAGACCUGGAGAAGUCGAGCGCACGUCGGGUGCACCUGAGGGACUUGACUCUAAAGUCUCGCGGCCUCUAUCGCUGCGAGGUCUCGGAGGAGGCGCCUUCAUUCCACUCCGCACAAUCGGAGGCCUUCAUGGAAGUAUACUAUUUCCCGCGAGACAAUCCACGCAUAAGCGGCCAUGAACAAGUCUACGCUAUCGAAGAACCCCUAGAUGUGAACUGUUCCUCUGCCAAAGCUUUUCCAGCACCAGAACUUCAAUGGUUAAUCAACGGUGAAAAAGUAACAGAUAAAGCGUUUUUAGUCGCUUAUGGGGCAAGACCUGUGUCCCAAGGCCUUCUGGUCUCAACACUGGGUAUGAAGGCACCAGCGAAACCAAAAAUGAAGAUUACGUGCAUCGCGUCGAUUGGGAAUCAUCAGCGGGAAAGGACUGUUUUAAUAGAAACGAAUUCCGCAAUUCGCCGUGCAUCGAUGUACUCAUUCAUCAUUUUAACAAGCCUCAUCAACUUUGCGGCCCCAAAAACCUCG